UCACACACACUGGGCACUCAGCAAUGGCCUGGCACAUCCCAGGGGUCCAGCAAAGGGCAUCUGUCCUGUCCCCAGGCUCUCUCCACCCCCUUUGGGGGUGGGGCAAGCUCCCAUUGGGUUGCUGCUCUGUGACACCAGCCUGACCUCUCCGCAGACCCUCUUCCAGAGCCCAGAGGAGGGUUGGCAGCUGUACACCUCUGCCCAGGCCCCCGACGGGAAAUGCAUCUGCACUGCGGUCAUCCCUGCGCAGACCACCUGCUCCCGUGAUGGUCGCAGUCGUGAGCUGCGGCAGCUGAUGGAGAAGGUCCAGAAUGUCUCCCAGUCCAUGGAAGUCCUUGAAUUGCGGACGUAUCGUGACCUCCAGUAUGUGCGCAGCAUGGAGACUCUUAUGCGGAGCCUGGAUGCGCGGCUCCGGGUAGCCGAUGGGUCCCUCUCAGCCAAGAGCUUCCAGGAGCUGAAGGACAGGAUGACAGAGCUAUUGCCCCUGAGCUUGGUCCUGGAACAAUACAAGGCAGACACACGGACCAUCGUGCGCCUGCGGGAGGAGGUGAGGAAUCUCUCCAGCAGCCUUGCAGCCAUCCAGGAAGAGAUGGGCGCCUACGGGUACGAAGACCUGCAGCAGCGGGUGAUGGCUCUGGAGGCCCGGCUUCAUGCCUGCGCCCAGAAGCUGGGCUGUGGGAAGCUGACUGGGGUCAGUAACCCCAUCACCAUUCGGGCCAUGGGGUCUCGCUUCGGCUCCUGGAUGACUGACACAAUGGCCCCCAGUGCGGAUAGCCGGGUCUGGUACAUGGAUGGCUAUUACAAAGGCCGGCGGGUCCUGGAAUUCCGCACUCUAGGAGACUUCAUCAAAGGCCAGAACUUUAUCCAGCACCUGCUGCCCCAGCCGUGGGCAGGCACCGGCCACGUGGUAUACAACGGUUCCCUCUUCUAUAACAAGUACCAGAGCAAUGUGGUAGUCAAGUACCACUUCCGCUCGCGCUCCGUGCUCGUGCAGAGGAGCCUCCCAGGGGCAGGUUACAACAACACCUUCCCCUACUCUUGGGGAGGCUUCUCCGACAUGGACUUCAUGGUGGACGAGAGCGGGCUCUGGGCCGUGUAUACCACCAACCAGAACGCAGGCAACAUUGUGGUCAGCCGGCUGGACCCGCACACCCUUGAGGUCACGCGGUCCUGGGACACCGGCUACCCCAAGCGCAGCGCUGGCGAGGCCUUUAUGAUCUGUGGUGUGCUCUACGUGACCAACUCGCACCUGGCCGGGGCCAAGGUCUACUUUGCCUACUUCACCAACACGUCCAGUUACGAGUACACGGACGUGCCCUUUCACAACCAGUACUCCCACAUCUCCAUGCUGGAUUACAACCCCCGGGAGCGGGCGCUCUACACCUGGAACAACGGCCACCAGGUGCUCUACAAUGUCACACUCUUCCACGUCAUCAGCACUGCUGGGGACCCCUAGGGACUACCAUAGCUCCCUAGGGGCUGCCACACAAGGGCCACUGGGGCCCGCAGGGGUCCUUACCACUCUGCCUGUAUCCCUUAAAAAUUAUCUGUCGUGUCCUCUCUCUCCUUUCCUGUACUUUUUCUCCCCUCACUCCUUCCCCCACCCCAGCUUCCGUUUUCUGCCUCUGUAUUUCUAUCAAUGCGUUUUUUUCAUUUUUGUCCCUUCUUUAUUGAUCUCUCCUUUUGUCUUUUUUUUUUUUUUUUUUGAUGCCCAUCUCUCUCUGCCUUUUUAUGGAUGACUCUCCAGUUCUCUUUCCUGAUUUCUGCUUCUCUUUGGUCUCUCAUUCCCCUCCCCUCGGCCCCACCCUUUUUCAAGGGAGUUGAGUGCAUGGAUCUAUUUACUUUUUUUCUUUCCGGGGUUGCUGCAAUAAACGGGACCUUUGACAUUUGACACUUUGGUUGCUGUCUGUGUUCAGUACGUGCAGGGGAAGAAGAGGUCAGGCAGGGGAAGAAGAGGUCAGGCAGAGGAAGAAGAGGUCAGGCAGAGGAAGAAGAGGUCAGGCAGAGGAAGAAGAGGUCAGGUGGAGGCAGCUGGCUCCCAGACUGGAGACCCAUCUCCCUUGAGCCAGGGCCCCUUGUUCCAUGACUCAGGCUUAGUGAACAAAGCAAGCCCAGCAUUGGGGUGGGGGCUAGGGAAUGGCACUCACCCCUCCCUAGGGGCGAGCCCUUUGGGAAAAUGGGUGAAGAGACCCAAUCCAAAUCUGUUUUGAUUGAAAACAAUUUGUUUAAAAGCAAUUUGAUGAAAACAACUGAGGAGUUGAUCACAAGGAUGAAAACUGGCCUCAAAUGAAUAUUCUCCAUCACUGGUUUUUCAC